AUGUCUAGUCCCGCAUGGGGGGCUGCAUCGUCGUCGAAGGUUAUUGAGCAGUUCUCAAGACAUGUCCAACAAGGAUUCACAGCCUUCGACAUGGCUGACCAUUAUGGCGAUGCUGAACUUGUGUUUGGUCGCUUUGCAUCAAUGUAUCCUCAUCGAGAUGCGAUCUUCACGGCAACGAAGUAUUGUGUCUUCCAGAAAAUGACGGUGUCUCGGGAGGCCGUCCAGGCAAAUAUUGCCGAGCGAUGUCGCCGUUUGCAGACGGACAAGAUCGAUCUACUGCAAUUCCAUUGGCAAUUUUAUCAGCAUCGGGAGUAUCUCGAUGCUCUACGACUCCUGACGGAAGAUGCCCGUGUUGAAAUGGUUGGUCUAUGCAAUUUCGAUACGAAACAUCUCCUCGACGUGGUUGAAGCGGGUAUUCAAGUACUCACCAAUCAAGUUCAGUUUUCUCUGGUUGACUCUCGUCCAAUACUCGAAAUGGCAGUUGCUUGUGAAACGCACAAUAUAAAGCUCCUGACAUAUGGCACGCUGUGCGGUGGUUUUCUCGCCGACAAAUGGCUCGGAAGGUCUGAGCCCGAUAUAUACGAUGGGUCAAUUACACCAAGCCAGCGAAAGUAUUUCGAAAUGAUACGCAGCUGGGGCGGCUGGGGCCUCUUUCAGGAACUCCUGAGGGUGCUACGUAUCAUUGCUUCAAAACACCGAGUUUCGAUAUCAAAUGUCGCCACUCGCUGGGUGUUGGACUUUCCAUACGUGGGCGCGGUCAUCGUCGGUGCACGAAUGGGUAUAAGCGACCAUACAGAUGAGAAUCUGGCCAGCUUUGGUUGGUCCCUGAAUCAAUCAGAUCUCGACAUGAUUGAGGAGGUGUUGAAGCGAAGUCGAAGAUGCGAAAUCUUCAAAGACAUGGGGGAUUGUGGAUCGGAAUAUCGUACUUGA